CUGUGUUCUAUGUGUGCGUAUGCUUGCAGCUGUCGGAGUUGCUAGGCUGUUUUUGGCUGUUUUUGCUGUUUUUGGCUGUUUUUGUAAAUAUGAACAGCGAGUUCAAGGAGUCUUUGAUGGCUUGGAUGAAGGCAGCAAAAAAGGGUUUACCGAAAUUGUGGAGUUUCUUGUUACAAAGGGAGUAGAUGUCAACUAUCGUUUUUUAAAUGGUGAUGCCACGGCGCCGUCCCUAGCUUGCUCUGCUGGACUUAAGGACAUUGUCGAGCAUCUUUUCAAAUGUGGAGCUGACCCCAACAUCGAAUUAAAAGAUAGAGUAACAUGUGUAUUGGAGGCUGCAAGAAAUGGUUUUGUCAACAUCGUGGAAAUGAUGCUCGCACGGCGGUGUCUUUCCACAGCCUCCACGAGGUGUUGUGGGAGGAACUACUCCACAGGGUGAUAAGGGAAAUCCACCACUCCCCCCUCCACCACCACCAACC